GUCUUUUCCCUCUGCUUUCCGGUGCCAUCAGCACAGAGCGCUGCUUCUCUGUCCUGUUCCCCAUCUGGUACCGCUACCGCCGCCCAAGACGUGUCAGCUGUCACAUGUGCCCUGCUUUGGGCUCUAUCCUUGCUUCUUACCAUCCUGAUACACACCUUGUGUAGCUUACUGUUUGACAAGAGAUAUGACAUAUGCCUGAUAAUGCAUUUCACCACAGCUGCAUGGCUGAUCUUUUUAUUUGUGGUUCUCUUUGGGACCAGCCUGACUCUGCUGAUCAAGAUCCUAUGUGGAUCCAGGAGGCUGUUGGUGAGCAGGUUGUAUGUAACCCUUGGGCUCACAGUGCUUGUUUUCCUCCUCUGUGGCCUGCCUGUAGGCAUCCUGUGGUAUACGUCCACACAGAUCCGUUUUAUGAUUUCAAAUAAUCUUUGGAGUAUUGCUUUUUUCCUUUCUAGUGUUAAUAGUAGUGCCAACCCCAUCAUUUACUUCUUUGUUGGCUCCUUUAGGCAGAAAAAGCAUCCGCAGCUACAGCAGAAGUCCCUGAAGCUGGUUCUCCAGAAAGCCUUGGAGGAUGUAACUGAGGAGCAGAAAAGUGGAGAAAGUCUUCCUCAGUAAAGUGUGGAAAUUUCA